AUGGCUUCUAGAAUCACUCUUGCGCGCCUUUCGGCCCAGCGCUUCUCGGCUGUGGCCAGGACUACUCCUCGGGCCUCAACCCAGCUCCGCAGUGUGAAGGGUCUAUCUACUCUGACGCGUACCAAGGCUUCAGGCUUGCUGCAGGCCUCAAGCAAUGUUUCGCGACUCAACCUUGCUCCUCUGGGAGGCUACCAAAUCAGAACCUAUGCCGAUUCUAUCGUCAAGGUCCCCAGCAUGGCCGAGUCCAUCACAGAGGGUACCCUCAAGCAGUUCUCCAAACAGGUUGGUGACUUCGUCGAGCGCGACGAGGAAAUUGCGACAAUCGAGACCGACAAGAUUGAUGUUUCGGUCAAUGCUCCGGAAUCCGGUACCAUCAAGGAGUUCCUCGUGAACGAGGAAGAUACCGUCACUGUUGGACAGGAUCUCGUCAAGAUUGAGCUUGGCAGCGCCCCCGAGGGUGGAAAGAAGGAUGAGGGCGCCGAGAAGCCCAAGGAGUCCGCCCCCGCCCCCGCCGAGGCUGAGAAGCCCAAGGAGGCCGAACCCAAGAAGACUGCUCCUCCUCCUUCGGAGAAGCCCAAAGAGGCUCCCAAGGCGGAGUCCAAGCCCCAACCCGCAGCGGCUCAGCCAGCUCUUGGUGGUCGUGAGGAACGCCGGGUCAAGAUGAACCGUAUGCGUCUGCGUAUUGCCGAGCGCCUGAAGCAGUCCCAGAACACUGCUGCUUCUCUCACCACGUUUAACGAGGUUGACAUGUCCUCGCUGAUGGAGUUCCGCAAACUCUACAAGGAUGAUGUGCUCAAGAAGACCGGCGUGAAGCUUGGUUUCAUGAGCGCCUUCUCCCGCGCUUGCGUGCUUGCCAUGAAGGACAUCCCCGCCGUCAACGCCUCAAUUGAGGGCCCCAACGGCGGUGACACCAUUGUCUACCGCGACUACGUCGACAUCAGUGUUGCGGUUGCCACCGAGAAGGGUCUUGUCACUCCUGUUGUUCGCAACACCGAGGGCAAGGAUCUUGUUGAAAUCGAGCAGGCCAUUGCUGAGCUCGGCAAGAAGGCUCGUGACAACAAGUUGACCAUCGAGGACAUGGCCGGUGGUACCUUCACCAUCUCCAACGGUGGUGUCUUCGGUUCUCUGAUGGGUACUCCCAUCAUCAACCUUCCUCAGACCGGUCAGUUCCCACCAUUCAAUCAAUACUUGAUGUAUUUUUCUAAUAUUUGUCUAGCCGUUUUGGGUCUUCACGCUAUCAAGGACAAGCCCGUUGCUGUGAACGGCAAGAUCGAGAUUCGCCCGAUGAUGUACCUCGCCCUCACCUACGACCACCGUCUCCUGGAUGGUCGUGAAGCUGUCACUUUCCUCGUUAAGGUCAAGGAGUACAUCGAGGAUCCUCGCCGUAUGCUCCUCGGGUAA